CUGCCGUUGUCUUGGGCACAACAAUUUGCUGGUACUACAAUGUUUACGAAUUAUACUGGGCUCAGUACAUCGUGCAAGGGUGCCUUAGCGACGAAUGUUACUUGCUCCCCGUAUCUGGGGAUUAUUUCGGAGAGCAAUGGUAUUAUGACAACAGAUCAGGUCAACGCAGUCUGUAUUGACAGCUGCUACGCGUCUUUAAAAGCUGCUCGAAGCACAAUCAUGACAGCGUGUACUCUGAGUACUGAUGUGAUCACGAUACACAACAUCGCAUAUCCCCCUACAUUUAUCAGCGAUGAUUGCAAUUCUGUGGCGCUGGACUUCAGCGUGUCCACUUACAGUCUCUUAUAUAUGAACAACCUGGAUCUUUACUGUCAGAAUUGGGCCGACACGGUGAUCAAUUCUACUAUUUGUAUACCACCGACAUGUGACACCUACGUGUGGCAAAUGCAAGACACAUGUGACAAUGUCGUUAGUAGGCUUGCUAAUGUGACAGUACCACAGUUCCUGGCAUGGAAUCCCAACUUCAACACUCUCUGCCAAAAUGGAGUAAACUACAUUGGCUACGUUGUCUGUAUAGGCCCACCUGGAGGUUAUCUUAAUCACACCACAGGCACGGUUAACACGACUACUUCAAACCCAUCCGGUAUAACUACGGUUGCCCCUAUGCCACCAAAUGCUCUGAACGGAUCCAAUGUAUACUGUGGCAAGUGGUACACUGUUGUGGAAGGCGACACGUGCAGCGCAGUCUCAGUUGCGAACUCAAUUUCACUGACAGACUUCUACUUUUUGAAUCCCGAAAUUGAUGCCAACUGUACAAAUCUCGAGCUUGGUCAGGCGUACUGCAUCACUGCCGUAGGCAAUAUCAAAACCUACUCUGGCUAUCCGACAACGACGCCCUGGAUCACCGUGCCGACAGCAAGCUUUUCUGCCGUCGAUACAUCGAUUCCCAUAAUAACCAGCGACCCGGGAUUUAUUUACACACCCAGGUACCUCCCCGCCGCACCGGGGACCAUCAGUAACUGCCAAUCCUACGUGAAUUAUGACAAUACAACCUCCAAUCUCAAUUCUUGUAUUUUUAUCGCAUACGCAUAUGACGUCACAACUCACAACUUGUUAUCGUGGAACCCUAGUCUUGACACAAACUUGACGACAUGUGCCUUGCAACCUGGAUACAGUUACUGUGCUUUACUCAAUAGUACCUAUUUAAUCAAUGGUGAUUACACUGACAACGAACGCCACUCAUUAUGCCUACCAAUUAAUGCCACAGAGUCGACCACGGUGGCGAACUGCAAUUGCUUUACGCAGAUCUACGGGUACUUGGUUGGAGACUACCAAUGUGAAGACAUCGAGUCUGAUUUCAACAUCACAGCAACCGAACUGAAAACAUGGAACCCCUGGCUUAGCGGCAACUGUGAUACUGCUCUUUACGCUAAUAUCACCGGUAACGACCUCCGCGCCGUUUGUGUUGGGGUAGGCUCUAGCUCGUCUAUCACCACUACUGCAACUACGGCUACUACUACCUCAACAAAAACAACCGAAUCCGCAGCGCCAACCCAAACAGGUGUCAUCACUGGAUGUCAGGAGUUCUUCAUUGUUAAAUACGGAGAUGACUGCUCAACCAUGGAGGCUGAGUUUGGAGUCACCCUAGAAGAGCUCUAUGAAUGGAAUCCAAGUAUUGGACCUACCUGUACAAACCUGUGGCUUGGUUAUGCAUAUUGCGUCAAGGGGCCUGUACCAACAACAAUAGCACCAGUCAGCAUUUCUCCAACAAAGACGGGAAGUGUGAGUAACUGCAACAAGUACCACACAGUGUUGGACCACGACUCAUGCGCCGCCAUUGAGAGCGAGUAUGACAUUACCUUUGCGCAACUUUAUGACUGGAACCCAGAAAUUGGGUCUGAUUGCCGGACGCUUGUCAUAGGCGAUGCUGUUUGUGUGGGUAUUAGUUCCUAAUCGGUAUGUGUUCUGGACAAUCACCUGGAGACGAUGUUGGGGAAUGCAGAGGAAAAAAUGCCACAGAGGAUAUUGCUUAGAAUGGAAUUGACCAACCAGACUUCCUUUUGUUGUGAUUACCUUUUCACUCUUCUUCCAAUCUUCCCUAUAACCACUCAUUUUCAGUCCUUGUACAUGCAGAAUUCUGUUGCGUAUAUUACCAUUCUUUUUGGUUUUCGUUUCGUUAUCAGUCACAUGUACCUAAGUUUAUUCUAGCUGUUUUCUGGAUGCCAUCCGACUGAGACAUGACCUCGUUGUUACAUGGUGUUUAUAUUGAGGCUUUUGACUCAGUGCAGUCGGCGUUCUAGCUUUUCGUCUCGAGUG